AUGGACUUGCUUUUUCUCGUGAUUAUGGUUGUUUCUAUCAUGAGAGUUUCUAUAGCAGUUGAUUCUAUUAAUGUGUCCCAGUCCAUUAGUGAUGACAAGACCUUGGUGUCUCAAGGUGGAACAUUUGAGCUUGGUUUCUUCAGCCCAGGUGGUUCUAACAACAGUUACUUGGGUAUUUGGUACAAGAACAUCCCAGAUAAGAAAGUUGUUUGGGUUGCAAAUAGGGAAAUUCCCAUCAAUGGUUCCUCAGGUAUGUUAACAGUGAACAGCACAGGCAACCUUGUACUUAGCCAAAAUGGCACUGUUGUUUGGAAUACAACGUCUAGAAAACAAGCACAUAAUCCAGUGGUGGAGCUUUUGGACAGUGGUAAUCUUGUGGUAAGAAACGAGGGAGAUGCAAACCCAGAUGACUAUUUGUGGCAAAGCUUUGACUAUCUGUCUGAUACAGCAUUGCAAGAGAUGAAGUUGGGAAGGAACCUUCAACUUGAUAUACCUUGGACAUUAACAUCAUGGAAUAGUCCAGUUGAUCCAUCCAUAGGAGACCUAUCUUGGGUUUUACUGUUACAUGAUUAUCCUGAGUAUUACAUGAUGAAGGGAACAGAAAAGUUCUUCAGGAUUGGACCUUGGAAUGGCCUAUAUUUUAGUGGAACACCAGGUUUACGACCCAACUCUAUCUUUGAUUUCAGCUAUGUUGCCAAUAUGGAUGAAAUUUUCUACACAUAUACCCUAACAAACAAAUCUGUUAUUUCCAUAGCUGUACUAAACCAAACCACCAAUAAGUUUUAUCGCUAUGUAUGGGCAGAGGGUGAUCAAAAUUGGAGGACUUUAAAUUCCAUCCCAACAGACAACUGUGACACUUAUGGCCUAUGUGGAGUCAACAGCAAUUGCAUGAUUACACAAGUACAAAUAUGCCAAUGUUUACAAGGGUUUAAUCCAAAGUCACCACAAGCAUGGAACUCAACAAAUUGGACUCAAGGAUGUGUCCGCAAUAAACCAUUAAGCUGCAAAGACAAACUCACAGAUGGGUUUAUCAAAUAUGAAGGAAUGAAAGUUCCAGAUACUACAUAUACUUGGGUGGAUGAGACUAUAGGCCUAGACGAAUGCAGAGUCAAGUGCUUGAAUAAUUGUUCUUGUAUGGCUUAUACUAAUUUAAACAUAAGUGGAACAGGUAGUGGCUGUGUCAUGUGGCUUAGUGAUCUAAUUGACAUCAGACAAUAUGAAAAUUCUGGGCAAGAUCUAUAUAUCCGGAUGCCGGCCUCAGAGUUGGGAUCUAACCAAGAACCUGGACAUGGACACAAGAAGAACACGGCAACAAUAGUUGCUACUACCAUUGCUGGAAUUUGUGUGGUUCUUUUACUAUGUACUUAUUUCAUCUACAGACGCCGGAGAAAAACUGCUGAACAAAACAAUGAAAGACAUGUGGAUGACUUGGAUGUCCCAUUGUUUGAUUUGCCAACAAUUACUGCUGCAACCAAUGGCUUCUCCUUAAAAAAUAAGAUUGGAGAAGGUGGUUUUGGACCUGUAUACAGGGGAAUACUAAUGGAUGGCCAAGAAAUUGCAGUGAAGACUCUAUCUAGUAGCUCCGGACAAGGAUUGACAGAGUUUCUAAAUGAAGUGAAACUGAUUGCAAAACUACAACAUCGAAAUCUUGUGAGACUUCUUGGUUGCUGCAUUCAAGGACAACAAAAAAUGUUGGUUUAUGAAUACAUGCCAAACACCAGCCUAGACUCCUUCAUUUUUGAUGGUAUAAAAUCUAAAUUGCUAGAGUGGCCUCAACGCUACCACAUAAUUGAUGGCAUUGCGAGGGGGCUUAUGUAUCUCCAUCAAGAUUCCCGGUUGAGGAUUAUCCAUAGAGAUCUCAAAGCAAGUAAUGUUCUACUUGAUGAAAAUUUGAAUCCAAAAAUAUCGGAUUUUGGAAACACAAAUAGAGUAGUUGGAACCUAUGGGUAUAUGGCACCAGAGUAUGCUGCUGAUGGGCUAUUUUCAGUGAAAUCUGAUGUCUUUAGUUUUGGCAUUCUAGUGUUGGAGGUUAUAUGUGGAAGGAGAAAUAGAGGACUUUAUCAUGCAGAUGACAGUCUUAACCUUGUUGGCCAUGCAUGGACAACAUGGAAAGAGGGCAAGGCAAUAGACUUGAUCGACUCAAACAUAAAGAAGUCAUGCAAUGAAUCAGAAGUAUUGCGUUGCCUCCAUGUUAGUCUUUUGUGCGUGCAGCAGUACCCUGAAGACAGGCCUACAAUGGCUUCUGUGAUUCUAAUGUUGGGGAGUGAAAUGGAAUUGGUGGAGCCAAAAGAACCUGGUUUUGUUACUAGGAAUGUUUCAGUUGAUACAGAUUCACGCUCAAAUCAGAAGGAUGCAAGUUCAACUAACGAAGUCACCAUUUCCUUGUUAGAAGCUCGAUGA